AUUAGUUAUUUAAACAAAGAAAGAAAUAAAAUAAAUCAGGUUUUGUGUUUCGCGUCGUGAAGCGUUGGCCGCGAUCCUCGUUGUUCUCUGUAAUCCGAUUUAUUCACAGUUUCGUGUUUUCCUCUCUUCUCCAACAUUCACCCCCAAAUUCUUUAAACUUCACCACAUUCUUCCCUCUUUUUGCAUCUAAUAUUAUUUUUUUGAAGAUUCAGCAAAGUUUCAAAUUGAAGUUUUCUUUCUUUGUUUUUUUCAUCCGAAACAGGUUCUGUUUUGAUGCCACUAAUUGUUGAACUCAACAUAAAAUAAUUUUGUGUGUUUCUGAUAAAUAUGAAGUAAGCGCAGGACAUAGAUCAUGGUGAGGAUGAAGGCAGGGUUUAAUGGAUUAAAGGGUAAAGAAAUUUCUCUUAUUUCCAUUGUUCUCAUGUGUGCAACUAUCAUUUUAUGGUCAUGGGAGAAAACACCCGGUCUUACUGCCUUUCUUCCUCCCCAAACACCACUGCAGCUGUCUUCUGAUCAUUUAGCUAGUAGUUCUUCAGUGAAGGUACUACCAGCACCAGAUCCACAUAUACAUGUGACUGAACAUGAAUCAUCGAUGCCAAAGAAAAAGAUCGCCGAUGAGGUAGAAGAACAGGAUCUUGAUUUUACAUCUCAGACAAUUUCUGCACAAAGCUCUUCUGGAGAGAGCAUGGGCGAAAGUGAUACAGGAACUACUUCAGAUACAGAACAAAUCCUUUCAAAUGUGCCAGAUGAAGAAGAGAAACACGAAAGAAUUUUGGAAGCUGGGAAAAGCCAUGGUGUACAAAUUUCUUCCAGCCUAACAACAUCUGAGGCUAAAAGUAAUGAAGCUAAGGGGAAGAAAAAUUCCAAACAAAAAAAACCUGAUCUUAUCAUGAACACUCCACUAAAAAGCUCUUCAAUUAUUGGAAAAGAAAAUUGGAAUAAUGCCACAGAAAAUAAAGCCUGUAACUAUGCAAAAGGAAAAUGGGUCCCAGACAACAAUCGGCCUUUGUAUUCAGGUUUUGAUUGCAAACAAUGGCUCUCUGGGAUGUGGGCUUGCCGCUUGAUGCAACGUACUGAUUUUGCAUAUGAGAAGCUUCGAUGGCAACCAAAAGAUUGUCAAAUGGAGGAGUUUGAAGGUUCUAAAUUCUUGAGAAGGAUGCAAGACAAAACUCUAGCUUUUGUUGGAGACUCAUUAGGCCGACAGCAGUACCAGUCUUUAAUGUGCAUGUUAACUGGCGGUAAGGAAACGAAUGAUGUUGAAGAUGUGGGUAAGGAGUAUGGAUUGGUUGUAGCUGAGGGCUCUGCCCGUCCUAGUGGGUGGGCAUACCGCUUUAAAAACACGAACAGUACCAUUCUGUACUACUGGUCGGCAAGCUUAUGUGAUGUUGAACCUAUUGAUGUAAAUAACCCAAACACAGAUUAUGCAAUGCACCUUGAUCGUCCCCCAGCAUUCCUCCGUCAAUUUUUGCACAGGUUCAAUGUCGUAGUUCUCAACACUGGUCAUCAUUGGAAUCGAGGAAAACUUAAUGCCAAUCGAUGGGUAAUGCAUGUUGGUGGCAGGCCAAAUACUGAUAGGAAGAUAGCAGUGAUUUGGGCUGCCAAGAAUCUUACAAUUCGCAGUGUUGUAAGUUGGGUGGACUCACAGCUUCCAAAAUAUCCAGGUUUGAAGGUAUUUUUUCGGACCAUUUCUCCUAGGCAUUUUUUUGGUGGGGAAUGGAACACGGGAGGCAGUUGUGACAACACUAAACCAAUGUCAGUAGGAAAAGAAAUACUGGAAGAAGAGUCCAGCGAUCAAGUUGCUGCAAGUGCGGUGAAGGGAACACGGGUGAAGCUCUUGGACAUAACAUCUCUUUCUCAGCUUAGGGAUGAGGGUCAUAUAUCACGGUACAGUUUAACAGCAAAGCCUGGUGUGCAGGAUUGCUUACACUGGUGUUUGCCAGGUGUUCCUGAUACAUGGAAUGAAUUACUCUUUGCUCAAAUUUAGUUUGCUUAUCAUGGUUUUAGGAGAGUAUUUGGUUGGCCAUGAAAAGGUGACAGCCAUUACUUGGCUAGGAUAAGAUCACCCACUUUUAAAAUCUUCAUUUUGCAGAGGAUGCAGUCAUGGGGUUCGGCUAUAAUAUGUCACGAGUUUAAACUAUUGAGAUGAUUCGGUGAAGAUACUGGAAGAUCUAGCAUGCGCAGACUAGCUAUUUCACCCUGCCUUAAAAAUUUAUUUGACUACACAAAGUUGAGUUUUUAAAUAUAACUUAUGUGACAUGUACAUUAGUUUCUUUCUAUAUAUUUGUGAGUUCUCAACAGAAAAAGUAAGGUUGAUAGUCAAAGCUGAAGGAGAGGAGCACUGGAAGAUUAUUACUGAAGUGAAUUCUUAGCCUUUUUCUGGAGGUUUAAAUCAAUAGGACAAGAUGCUGGUGCUCUCUCUUCUUUUAAUUUUGUUUUCUUCUUUUUCUGGGAGGAGGGGGUUGGAAGAGAAUAGUGUGUUUUUAGUCUCAGAUUUUAUUGUAGAUUAUAGAUACAGAUUAUAGAGAAGCCAAAGGGUACUUUGAUACAUGUGAUGUUGAAUAUUGUCUUCUACGGUUCACCAGUGAUAAUAUUAUUAGUGGCGUUUCUUUGUUUGUUGCAAUAGUUAUAAUAUUAUGUUAGUUUGUGUGUUA